AUGGACUACAAUCCUUUCAUGGCAGGCGAAAACGGCUCGCCUGUGAGAUCGCCUCAGCCGGCAGCCAGGCGCCAGGACUCGCCCUGGAGGUCACAGUAUUCUGAGUACAGCUCAACAGAAAAUGAUUUGUCCACUGCCUUUCAAGGUUUUCCCUCGGUGGCACCUGCUCAACCCCCAUCGCCAUCUAAGGCAGCUGCCAAAUAUUCCCCACAGCGCAGGAACAUCUUCGCCCGUGAUAGCACCCCGAACUCGCCAGUUCGCCAGAAUCGCUACGUCGCAAAUAUGCAAGAAUCUCCAAAACGCAACGGACGUGCAAUCAUUGCAAUCGAUGAGCCAUCGGACGACGAGCAAGGCGAUAUAUACGACAGCUACUCCUAUGGAAAUCCAAGCGUUCAAUCUCGUGCGGCCUCCCAUGGUACCAACUCCAAGUAUUCUUUUGAGAGCCAUCGUAAGUCAUUUGAUGAUGACAGCACGGUUUUUUCUGGCGACACGUUCGAGCAGACAAGAUUCCAGGUCAAUCAUCCGCAGCGGAACUACAUCAAGCGCGGGAAAUCUGAGGUUAGAAAAUUGCCUACAGUCAAAGCCAAAAGGAAUAUAUUGAAACUGGACAACCCAAUACCAAGAGGACUGCUGGAAAUUCUGCCUCGACGUGAUUCUCCAGAGUUCACUGAGAUGAGGUACACUGCUUGUACUUCCGAACCCGACAGUUAUGUUGACGAGGGUUACUCCUUAAGAUUUGCUGAAAUGAAUCGCGAAUGUCAGAUAGCCAUUUGCGUUACGAUGUACAAUGAGGAUAAGUUUGCCCUAUCAAGCACACUACACUCCGUCAUGAGGAACAUUUCGCACAUGUGCAAACGUAAAAAGUCUAGUGUUUGGGGACCAAAUGGAUGGAAAAAGAUACAAGUUAUCAUCGUCAGCGAUGGUAGGAAAAACAUCAACAAGGGCUCUUUGGACUAUCUCAGCGCCUUGGGUAUCUACCAGGAAGACAUGACAAAAUCGACGGUGAACGGAGAACCGGUAAAAGCGCACAUUUUCGAACUCACCACCCAAGUUUCGAUCGACGCAGAUUUAGACUACGUGAGUAAAGAAAUCGUGCCAGUGCAGGUCGUCUUCUGUCUAAAAGAAGAAAAUCAAAAGAAAAUCAAUUCCCAUCGCUGGCUUUUCAAUGCUUUCUGUCCCAUUCUGGAUCCCACGGUUGUCGUUCUCGUUGAUGUUGGAACGAGAUUAAAUGACACUGCUAUCUAUCACCUAUGGAAGGCUUUUGACAGAGACUCCAAUGUAGCCGGGGCUGCUGGUCAGAUCAAAACGAUGAAAGGAAAAUGGGGUCUCAAGCUUCUAAAUCCACUGGUGGCAUCUCAGAAUUUUGAAUAUAAAAUUUCCAACAUUCUCGACAAGCCGUUAGAAAGUGUAUUCGGGUAUAUCUCUGUCCUUCCGGGCGCUUUAUCCGCGUACCGGUACCGCGCCCUCAAAAACCAUGAAGACGGCACUGGACCUUUGAACUCCUACUUUCUCGGUGAAACCCAGGAAGGACGCCAACAUGACGUUUUUACCGCGAACAUGUACUUAGCUGAAGACAGAAUUCUCUGCUGGGAGCUAGUUGCCAAGAGAAACGCCAAGUGGGUGCUGAAGUAUGUCAAAGAAGCGACUGGUGAGACGGAUGUACCAGAAGAACCACCAGAGUUCAUCUCACAAAGAAGACGUUGGUUAAAUGGUGCCAUGUUCGCUGCCCUCUACGCACAGCUGCAUUUUCCUCAGAUUUGGAAGACAAAACAUUCCGCCACCAGAAAAGUAUUUUUCCAUUUGGAGUUCUUCUAUCAGUUUGUUCAAAUGCUCUUCUCCUGGUUCUCCAUUUCGAACUUCUUCUUGACCUUUUACUUUUUAGCGGGAUCCAUGAACAAGUUGAUGAAGCAUGGAGAUGUUCUAUUCACAUUCUUCAAGUAUUUGAUCAUCUGUGACCUUGCUGCUCUUUUCAUCAUUUCCAUGGGCAACAGGCCACAGGGUGCCAACCAUCUCUUUAUCAUUUCGAUGGUGAUUCUUUCCAUUUGCUCAACUUAUGCACUGGUUUGUGGGCUCGUAUUUUCUUUCAAAACGCUACAGGAUCCAACUGAAAGCAGCAUGGUGUUCUUUAACAUUGUGGUCUCCCUCCUGUCGACGUAUGGACUGUAUGCUUUUACCUCGAUCUUAUACCUCGACCCUUGGCAUCUAAUCACCUCAUCGAUACAAUACCUUUUGAUGCUUCCAUCAUUUAUCUGCACACUGCAGAUUUUUGCAUUCUGCAACACUCAUGACGUUUCCUGGGGUACUAAAGGAUCUACAGAAGAUACAAAACCGAAGUCUGAGGCAACGGUCAAACAAGGUCCCAAUGGCCAACAAAUCGUCGAAGGAACAGAGUGGCCCCAGGAGGUGGACAAGAAGUUUGCUGAGAUCAAAAAUAGACUCAAAGAACAAGAAGUUGUUGAGCCCAAAGUUGACGAGGCACAACGAAACAAUGACUACUAUCGUGACAUUAGAACGCGUAUUGUUAUGAUUUGGAUGCUUUCCAACCUCAUCAUGAUGAUGGUCGUCACACAGGUCUACGGACCAGAGGACACCGCGAAGAACAAAUAUUUGAUUUUCAUCCUUUGGUCAGUUGCUGUUUUGGCAUUGUUCAGGGCGGUCGGUUCGGUGUCGUUCCUGAUACUGCAGUAUCUACGCUUGAUAGUGAGUUACAAGCAUAAAGCGGAGGACAGUGGCUCGCUUAACUUGCCUAGUGCAAGAAAUAUUUUCAAGAAGGAACCCAAAAUGUAA